AUGGCUGCUGUGCGCAUAUGUGUUUGCGGUGACGAGAGCACCGGGAAAUCCAGCCUCAUCGCCUCGCUGGUCAAAGAUCAGUUCGUUUCCAAUAGGAUACAACCCGUCCUCCCCCAAAUCACCAUCCCUCCAAGCAUCGGAACUCCCGAAAAUGUCUCAACUACGAUCGUCGAUACCUCCGCCCGUCCACAAGACCGAACCACUCUCCGUAAAGAGAUUCGAAAAUGCAAUGUCAUCCUACUCGUUUAUGCCGACCACUACAGCUAUGAAAGGGUAGCCCUCUUUUGGAUGCCUUAUUUUCGAUCACUUGGUGUCAAUGUCCCUGUCGUUCUCUGCGCCAACAAGUCCGAUCUUGCUGGGCAGGGAACAACGCCCCAGGUGGUUGAGGAAGAAAUGUUGCCUGUUAUGGCCGAAUUCCGCGAGAUCGACUCUUGCAUCCGUACCAGCGCCAGAGACCAUCGCAAUGUGAACGAAGUCUUCUUCCUUUGUCAAAAGGCUGUCACUCACCCAAUUGCUCCCCUCUUCGAUUACAAGGAGGGCCAUCUUAAGCCUGCCUGUGUCAGUGCCUUGAUGCGCAUCUUCUACCUAUGCGACAAGGAUCAGGAUGGAUAUCUCAACGAGCAGGAGAUGCGAGACUUUCAAGCCCGCUGUUUCGACAAACCAUUGACAGCAGACGACCUGGACAACAUUAAGCUCAGUAUCUCCAAGACAUUACCGACUUCUGAUUUGGAAAAGGGCAUCGACCUACCUGGCUUCUUGCAGCUGAACAAGCUGUAUGCUGAGAAGGGACGCCACGAAACUAUUUGGAUCAUUCUUCGGAAGUACCACUAUACCGACAGCCUGAGCCUGGAAGACAAGUUCAUCCGACCGAAAUUCGAUGUCCCCGAGUACGCAUCAGCUGAAUUAAGUCCUGCGGGAUAUCGAUUCUUUGUCGAUCUAUUCCUUCUCUUUGACAAGGAUAACGAUGGUGGUCUCAAUGAUCGAGAGCUCGAGGCCUUGUUCGCUCCAACUUCAGGCCUCCCAAGCUCAUGGACAGAUUCGUCUUUCCCCUCUUCGACAGUCAGGAAUGAAGCUGGCCAUAUCACUCUCCAGGGAUGGCUUGCCCAGUGGAGCAUGACAACCUUUAUUGAGCCCAAAACUACAAUCGAGUACCUGGCCUAUCUCGGUUUUGAGCCAUCAAACCCCAAGGAUCCAAUCACUGCUGCAUUGAAGAUCACCAAGCCUCGUAAGAGGAGAAGACGCCCUGGCCGCGUGGAGCGCAACGUUGUCUUAUGUUAUGUCCUGGGUGCCUCGGGGGCAGGCAAAUCUGCUCUGCUGGACUCUUUCCUGAACCGUCCCUUCGAUGGUCUUUACCACCCCACGAUCAAGCCGCGCCGAGCUGUCAACAGCGUUGAGCUCCCAGGCGGUAAGCAGGUCUAUCUAAUCCUCGAAGAGCUCGGGGAACUAGAGCCUGCAAUCUUGGAGAACCAGGCCAAGCUGGAUGCCUGUGACCUCAUCUGCUACGCCUACGACUCUUCGGAUCCAGACUCGUUCUCGCAUAUUGUCAACUUGCGCUCCAAGUAUCCACACCUAGAUGAACUACCCUCCAUCUAUACUGCGCUCAAAGCCGACAAGGACAAGACCAACCAGCGGAGCGAGCUCCAGCCAGACCAAUACGCCUCUUCGCUCAGUAUGAGCCUACCAUUGCACGUUAGUGUGACUUGGGGCAGCAUCAGCGAACUCUUUGUCGCAUUUGCCGAUGCCGCCACGAACCCUAGCACAGCGUUUCCCAAGAGCAACGAGGAGGGGCCAGACCGAACAAGUCUCUAUGUGGCACUCGGAGCAACAGCUUGUGCUGGGGUUGCUGCGUUGAUGAUUUGGCGUCGUGCAACUAAUGCUAUUUGA